AUGCUUGUGUGCGACGUCUGCGAUAAGGGCUUCCACACCUACUGCUUAAGGCCUCCUGUGGCCAGCAUUCCUAAGAAUGGCUUCAAGUGCGACCGUUGCAGAGUCUGCUCCGACUGUGGGGCCAGUCGUGCUGCUCUUUUGAAUGCAGCUGCCAAUGCUACCGGGCUAGGUGUUGGCAUUGAAUCUAGUGGUUGCUCUGCAGCUCCACCUGGAGCUCUCUCAAUGCCAGCAUUUAAUCUGCACUCAGGGGCCCUUUCAGGAGCGAAUGGAGCAAGCAGCACAAAUUCAUCUGCAACUGCAAUGAUUGGAGCACCUGGAAGCUUGGGGAAUAGUAGUUCAGGAUCAUCGACAUCUACAUUGGCAGCUAAUCAGGCAAAUUUUGCGUUUUUCCUUUGUCUCAAUUUUGAUUAUUAG